CCUCCAGAGCCCCACUGUGCUCCUUUCCCUGGCCCCGGGGCCAGCUGGGCCCUGAGCAAACGGGGCUGUUUGCUCACGCCAGGAUUAGCCGCUCUCUUUGUUCCUUUGACUUUCUCCUCCCUUUAUGCUGGACCCUUUUAUGGGGGCUUCAAAGGGGGCUGGGAGCCCCCUCCCUGGCCCUGGAAGCCCAGGUUUGCUUCCCAUGCCCCCCCUGCCUUGCACUGACAUCCUGGGGGUGCCCACCGAGCACAUCUGGGUGGCCUGCGGGGACAGCAGCUGUGCCACCCGUCCACGGUCUCCCCCCCACCCCCGCCCCCCCCUCCGCCGCCUGGCACCUCCGGCUGCCCUCGUCACCUUGGCGAAGUGGGUGCGAACGGCUGGCCCCCCCGCAGUGGGAUUCCCGGCACUUUGCACCCUGUAAAGAGAGGUGGGAAACUUGGCACCGGGAUCUGGCCAGCUGCACAGCCCCGCGGCCCCCACCUGGCUUCCUGCCCCCUGCCAGAGCCCUGCCCGCCUCGGCCGGAGCCCCCAUGCCCCUCCGGGGUCCCUGAGCCUCACUCACUGCCCCCAAACCCCCUUCCUCCACAGCACGCGGCAUCCCUGGAUUUGGGCUGGUGGGAACAUGGUGGGCCAGCAGCAGGGGCUCCCCCCCACAUCCCCCUCUGCCCCCCCGGCAUGGGCAGCAAAUGCUGGCAUUGCCGUUUCCAGCAGAAGAAUACCAGGCUGCCCACAGGCAUGGGCUCCAGCUGCCUGCCAGCUUCUGUCGCAGCUGCAAAUGAGCAUUUUGGAGUGAAGGGACUACUGUAGGCACCUCGGGGUGCCUCGGCGCCCGCUGGAGUCCAGCAGACCUCCAGUUUCCAGCUGCCCUCUGGUUUUCCCCUGAUGGGUUCAUUUGCCUAAUUACGAGGGCAAGCAGGGAGCGCGGGGCACCACAGCUCUCCAGCCUGGCAUCGUCAAUGGUUUUGCACCCAGGGAGGGACAGGGACCCGGGGAACGGCCGGGACUGGCACGGGGCCGGUGGCGGGAGCGGGGCCAGCGCUGGCAGAGGGGCUGAGGGUGCUGGCGGGCGCGUUUGCAGCUUGUCACGUCCGCAGAGACGGAGCACGGCCAUGCGGGGGAAGCCCGGCGGUGUUUGACCCCGGUGCUCGCGGCUCCCACCACCGCCAGCUGUGCCCCAAGCGAGCCGGGCUGCCAGCCUCGUCCCUGGAGCCGUGGCACCCGCCGGACCCUCCCAUCCAGGCACCCCGCAACCCGCAAGGUACCGGUGCCACCCUCACCCCCGGACGGGCACGGCCAAGGCGCUGACCACCGAGGCCCUGGCAGCCGAGCCCUCAGGCCAGGGGGCAGGUGAGCAGUCCCGGAGGGCGCCCGGGGACGCCCUUCCCGCGCCCCGAGCCAAGGGAGGAAGCGGCCGGAGGCAGGAAGCCGUCCCCCGGGCCCAGGGCCCCCGCUGCGAUUUUGCUCGAAGGUCAGCGGCGACACAACAGGAAAUCGCGCUGGGCGGCCGGGCCGGAGCCGGAGAGCCGUGCCGUGCCGCCCCGGGGGCACUUCUGGCCCCUGGCCCUCCAACCCGGCUGGGCGGCUCGCGGGGAGCCCGCACCACCGCCGUCCUCCAUGGAAGGGGGACGGGAGCCAGGGAGCAGCCGCUGGCCCCAGGGUGGAAGAUGCAGGGCCGAAGCCCCCAGCUGAGCAUGGAGCUGAACAGACUGCUCCUCCUCACAUCCUUCCUCCUGCACAUGGAAGAGGGCCAUGCCAACCCAACACGGCUGGUCUGCGACAACAGACUCAUCCAGAAGUACAUUGGGGAGGCCAAGGACAUGGAGAAGAGAGCGGGCCAGUGCCAGGCACUGCCCACACUCAGCUGUCCCACGGUGCUGCCCUUGGUGGACUUCAGCCUCCAGCAGUGGAAAUCCAAAUCGAAUGAGACCAAGCGGCGGGAGAUCCUGUGCGACCUGGCACUGCUGGUGGGUGCCGUGGCAGAGGCCCAGGGCCAGGUGACCGAGGAGUGCGGGGCCAGGCAGCUGAGCCAGCUUUACCAACACGCCAACUCCUUCCUCCUGCUCCUGCAGACCUUCAGCUGGGAGGCAGGACCCUGGGAGCCAGGCUGCUCCACACACUCCGUGGAACAGACCCACGUUACCAGCAUCUUCCUCACCUACCGGCAGCUAGUGCAGGGCAAGCUGCGCUUCUUCUUCCAUGACCUGGCCAAGGACUUGUGCAAGCAAGGCCAGGAAGGUGGCAGAGACCCUCAGUGCAGGGCCCGGUGAGGCUGCGCACAGAGUUCACCCCGAUCCCAGGUCAGAGAAAACCUGCUGGACACUGAGCUGUGCUCUGGGUGCCCAGGAAGGUGCCCGCAAGGAAAAGGUUGGCUCCUGUUCCUCAAGCCUUCAGCAACUGCACAACCCACAGAGGCAGACAGCGGCAACACACCUGCGCCAGCAGGCACAGGCCCUGCUCCCACCCAGGCAGGCACCUCUACUGUGAAUGCUUUAUGAUUAAAGAGCUAUUUUUCUA